GUCUAUGAUCCCAAAGUUCGCGGGAAGGGGUUUCGUGCAUUAGCAAACGGGGUAACGUGCACCGCGGCAAUAACCAGACAUCUCUUAAAACGUCCCAAUUUGUGAGCAUAAUCACGUGAAUUUUAAAGAAUGUUGUUUCGCGCCUUGGUUGACAGAGGAGUCACUAAAAGAAAGUGCAAUGGUCUAUCCCUGCAAUAUCCACUUUCACGUCUGCUGGAAGGUUAUCAGUGCGCCCGACGAGAUGAGCACAUUUCCUAUGGGAAUUCUGGCGUCGUGGUUCCGCCUUUUGGGUGCAGCUUUUCAUCAGCCAGAGAUCUACAGAAUGUUUUGGCAGUGGCCAACGAGGAUGGAAUUGUUCGGCUGUACAACACAGAAAAUCGACAAGAUCCAAUCCUGAAAGAGUGGAUGGCACAUGACAAUGCAAUCUUUGAUGUCGCUUGGGUACCAGGAGAGGCCAGUCUAGUUACUGCGUCAGGGGACCAGUCAGCUCGCCUGUGGGACGUGAAAAGCGGGGAACUGCUAGGAAGCUUCAGGGGACACCAGUGCAGCCUCAAGUCUGUGGCCUUUUCUAAACAGGAGAAGGCCGUGUUCUGCACUGGAGGUCGAGAUGGCAACAUUAUGCUUUGGGACACGAGAUGCAGUAAGAAAGAUGGUUUCUACAGACAAGUGAAACAGAUCAGCGGCGCUCACAACAGAAACAAACCAGACUUGUCCAAGACACCCAAAUCCAAGAAGAGAGUGCAAUGCCAGCGAGUGGCUGAUAACCAACAGAGUGUGACUGUGGUGCUGUUUCGUGAUGAACACACUCUCAUAUCAUCAGGAGCUGUGGACAGGACAAUCAAGAUGUGGGACCUGAGAAAGAGCUACACUGCCUAUCACCAUGAGCCUGUACCUCUACAGGUGUACCUGUACCCUGGCUCCAGUACACGCAAGCUAGGUUUCUCAGGGCUUGUGUUAGACUCCACAUGUUCCAACCUAUUUGCCAAUUGCACUGAUGACAAUAUUUACAUGUUCAACGUCAGUGGCCUGAAAACAACACCAGUGUCAGUUUUCAGUGGCCAUCGCAACUCCUCAUUCUAUGUGAAGUCCAGCGUCAGUCCUGACAACCAAUUCCUGGCCACUGGCUCCAGCGACCACCAUGCUUACAUCUGGAAGAUAUCAGAGCCAACACAGGCUCCCAUGAUGCUGCAGGGCCACAGUCAGGAAGUAACCUCGGUCGCAUGGUGUCCCACAGACUUCACUAAGAUCGUUUCUUGUUCCGAUGACAACACCAUCCGGAUCUGGAGGAUGAACCGCGGGCAAGAUGGAGAGCGCUCCACCAUUGGCCAGGCAAACCUUGUGGGUUGGGCAUGUCCCAAAGAGAAAUCAACAAGUCCUAUUCCUCCUGGUUCUGUGAAUAAGGGUGAACUCACCCCUACCAAGAGCCCACACACAGAUAGCCUCGGUCCCCUGUCUUCCCCUCAGCCAGCCGCCUGUGCCCCAAGCGGAGCUGAUCUCCCUCUCCCGUCUAGCACCCCUGACCCACUGGGACACAAAGCCUUUACUCCUCCCCGAAAAACCCCCUCCUCCAGUGCCACCAUCCGUCACUGGUUUUCCCGCACCCCUGGAUCCCCUGCCGAUCAGCUCACUCCCCCACUCAGGAAGGUGCUCAGCCCCUGCCCCCAAAGCCCACAGCCGCGCCAGGCUGCGCCUUCACCUCCUGAACGCCGUGCCAAGCGUCGCCUGGAGACUGCCGACGGGGAGGCCUGCUGCCGCGAUGGAGAGGGGUCAUGUGGCUGCGUGUCGGAACUGAACCCAGCCGCAAAGAGAGGCCGGAUCCAAGGCUUAGGGGAGGUUGCCUGCGGAGGGGUCCAGAGAAGUGAGGCCCAAGACGGGGAGGAGAUGGGAGAUAAGCCCUUAACUGUGGGGCUGGAGGGGAACCAGAGGUCAGGUUCACACCCAGAAGCGGAUAAGGAGAACAGUUCGUCGUCUGCUGCUGGUUGGCUGGCCGCUUUCGGUCGUGGGCGACAGAGAGGACACGGCACACCCCCCCGCUCUCCCAGAAGCCCUGGCUUUGGAAGGAGACAGGAGAAACGGACAACAGCCUCUCCGACCCUGCGCUCUCCUCAAUCCAUGAGGAAGAUUUCCUCAUAUUUCCACAAGAGGACUCCAGAAUGAUCUAAGUCCGAGUCUUCCAUUCCACCGCUUCGGAGAGAGGAGAUUUACCUUUCUAUGGGACUCAUGGAGAACGUACACAAGUCAUGUUGAUCAUUUUAUUUCAGGAAAGCACCAUGAACUUCGCACUUCAUAUACAAGGUGUUCCUGCAGGACUUCUGUUUUUUACUUCUGUUCCUCAAUGUAUGUAUUGUAUAUUUUAAGUGGGGAGGGGGUAUUGUUUCUAAGUUUGACUUAAAUGUUUCUGCAUGGCUUUCUAUCUAACAAGGUGUGUUGUGUGAGUUUGGUUUGGUUUGAAUGUGCACAUGUAAAAAAAAAAAAAGAAAGAAAA